GUCUGUGUGUGUGAAUAUGUACGUUAGUCGGCCACUCGUUGGUGGCGCUGUCCCGAGUGAGAAAACAAUCUGUCAUCAAACAUGUGCGAAGUUUCGUCAUCAGAUGAUUCCCAGUUUAUGACAAAAAAGUCAUCAAUAAGCACAACUGGAAGGAAAUGUAUGAAAUGUGAAGAAAAAGCAGUAUUGUUAAUCAGAAUUAAUGAUGCAUUUUGUAGGAACUGCUUUAUCCAAUACAUGACACACAAGUUUCGAUCAGCCAUCGGUAAAGGUCGGCUCAUUCUUUACGAUGAGAAGGUGCUGUUGGCAUAUUCUGCCGGACACAGUUCUUGUGCAAUGCUUCAUCUUGUACAACAGGGUUUUCUAGAACAUGUUCAUAAGAAGUUACGAUUCAUCCCAUACUUGGCACACAUAGAUGAGGGUGCUGUGACAGAUCAGACUGCUGAUCAAAGAACAGCCAGAAGGCAGGAGAUAGCUUCGAGACUACAGAAUACUGGCAUCCCAUUUGAUAUUGUGUCUCUAGAAAAGGUGAUGAGUCUUAUGGAUGGUGAAUAUUUAACAGAGGAACCAAUAGAUUUGAUCAGCUCUCACAAUGAAAGUAGCUCUGAUACCAAGGAAGCACAAGUUGGAGACACCUGUAGCCAAUCAUCAGAUCCAGCUACCAGUUCUGUGGCAGGAUGUGCUUGUGCUGAUGACUUAUCAAACCAGAUGGCUUCAUUAGGUAUCAAUGGUUUGGCAGGGAAGUUGAGGAAGCUCAUCGAAUCUACAAAAACGUUAACAGCUAAAGAGGACCUGCUUUGGCGAUUGAGGAAUCAGCUAUUGGUGAAAGUAGCAAGGCAGCGGGGUUGUAGCAAGAUUAUGCUAGCUGACUCUGGCACACUUGUAUCAGUUCGAAUCCUAGCAAACAUCUCUCAAGGAAGGGGGGCUGCAUUACCAUUAGAUACAGGAUUUAUUGAUAGGCGUCUUGGUGAUAUAGCUUUUAUCAGACCUUUAAAGGAAUUCACAAAGAAGGAGAUAGUUCUGUACAAUAACUUCCAUAAUGUGCAGUCCAUGUUUGUGCCUUCCUUGACAACAAAAGCUGGCUCUGAAGCGAGCAUCAAUUUACUCACCGAAGAGUUUGUAAACGGACUGCAAGCAGAUUUCCCUUCAACUGUUAGUACAAUAUGCAGGACAGGUGAAAAAUUGGGCACCGAUGGGAGCUUAUCGCAAGAUAUUUGUUUACUAUGUAAGGCUUCCCUAGAUACAUCUGUUCCAGAAGCAUCAGCCCUGAAUGCAACCAACUUUUCCUUGUCACUGUCCAAGACUUGCAGAAGCAAGAUGGCAAGAAGUCAGCCUAGCUCAGGCAAUCAAAAGCAGUGUUGCGGUGAAGGGGAUGGCAGUUGUCAGAGUAACAAAAUUAGCAAAAUUACUAUGGAAGAUGUUGAAAGCCACCUUUGCUAUGGUUGUCGUGUCACGAUACGAGAUGUGACAGAUGUCAAUCUUCUACCAACACACUUGACAGCAGCGGUGGAAAAGACAGCGAGGAGGUCGAAAAUGAAGGAGGAAAUUCAAGAAUUUUUAUUACCAGAUGACUGACAUCUGCAGAUUGCAAAAUAAACUGUUGCUAUGGUUCUGUCUGUUAAUGAUCCAGUCUAAAAUAUCAUAAGAGUUUACUUUCACUUCAGGUUGUGCAAUAAAAGAACACCCUUGUUAAAUCAAGGACAUUUAACUACACAGUUAGAUGUCCAUGGUUAAAUGAAGUUGAAAAAGUAUUUAAAAUAUUUUGUGUGGAACCAGUAAACUUUUCUUCUGCAAGUGCUUAUCGGUAACUUCCCCAUUGAUUUAUAAUCAUUCAUAGAAGCCUUUCCAGUCAACUUCAGGAAGAUUGAAUUGAAGAAAUAAACCAACUACUUUAUGGACAUGGAAGAUUAACUCAGAGGAUAAUAGUUAAGUUUUGAAACAUCAAUUUCUCUCAUACAAGGGAAACACUGUAUAGCCAAUUGAGAACAUUAAGGACUGCCAGAAAAAGUAUAAAGGAAAAAUAACAUCUAUAAAUUAUAAUAUACAAGAAAUAUACAUAUUUAAAAAAGAUACUAAAUAAAAUUGAUCAAAAAAUGAUUAUAUUAUUUUAAAAUAUUCCAUUGAAUAAACUUAAUGGCAAGAGUACUAUGGUGUGUAGCAUCAUCCGAGCUCCGCAGGGAAAGGUUUGGGUGUUCCCUCUUCCCGAAUUAGAAAUUUUUUUUUGAAUAAUAAGCCUCUAGAUGCUCACACAUGCCAUCCUGACCUAAGAAAGUUACCCCUUGUGUUUGGUAAUGCAAAGUCAAAAUGUUCUAAAUGACAUUGGUAAUACAUUACAUUGCGGUAGUUCUUCCAAUUUUUAAAAAUUAAUUCGCUACGAUUUGUGGGGCAAUACAUAGGCCUAGAUGGCAAAAUUAUUAAAGUUACAAACCUAGGCCCAAGCCUAACAGGAAAUAUUAUUUUUGGCUUAUUCUUGCGGGCCUCACAACACGCACCCGUGGGUCGUCAGUUGAGAACCCCAGGUGUAGAUGAAUAAAGCAUAUGGUAUAGUAAUACUGUAUGAUGAUCUUGCAUACAAAGCAAGUAAAGCCAAGACAAGCUUUACUUCUAGUCAUCAGAAUAAGUACUGUAGACAACAUAGUUAUAUAUUUUAUAUACAGUACAGUACUUCAUUUAUUAUUUAAAAUGGAAUGAAUAAAAAUGAACAAGCA